GUGCGCGCUGACGCCGCAGCGGAACUCUCCCCGCCGGGCGGAAGCAUUGGCUGCUGCUGGCCGGUAAUGGCGGAGGGUGGCGCGGAGCCCGGGAUCGACGGYCACGGUCCCGGUCCCGGUCCCGGGCUGGCCCUGGUCGAGGGCAGAGCCGGCCGUGCCUCCCGCGUCGGGGACCCCGGGGACCUGGUGGCCCUGGCCCGGCAGGUGCAGCAGGCCGAUGAUUUUGUCCGGGCAAAUGCCUGCAGCAAACUGACCGUCAUCGCUGAGCAGAUCCGGUACCUGCAGGAGCAGGCACGGAAGGUCUUGGAUGAAGCUAACAGGGAUGCUGAUCUGAACCAUGUGGCCUGCAACCUUGUGAAGAAGCCAGGAAAUGUUUACUACAUGUACAGGCGGGAUAGUGGGCAGCGGUACUUCUCCAUCCUGUCUCCUAAGGAAUGGGGUACCACUCCCCAUGAAUUUCUUGGUGCCUAUAAGCUCCAGCAUGACAUGUCCUGGACUCCGUUUGAGGACAUAGAGAGACGAGAUGCUGAAAUARCUGUCCUGGAGAAGCUGCUGAGCCGACAGACAGCACUGCCCCCGUGCACGGAGCCCAACUUCCAGGGCCUGACCAAGACCACACAGGACUCCCUGAGCAGAGUCUCUGAGUGAAGGGACAUAGUGCCUGCAUUCUGCCAAAGGCAGGGCAAAGAAAGAGACGAAGAAACCAAAAUUCUGAUUGCUCUGUGCUUUAAGGAGCUUAAUUYUGCAUCCAGUCUUAAUGGAUUUUCUAGUAAUUGAAUAAUUUACUUUGUUGACCUAUGCCAUGCUGUAGCAAGAGGCAGGUGGUACUAGGAGGUGUGAGUUCCAAGAACACUUGGAGCAAAAAGCAGAAAUGCUUGGGGCAGAUGUGAUAAUGCUGUAAAAUAAUAUCUCCUACUUUCCUGGUUCUGGUGGACCUCACACUGAGUACUUGUGGCAGAUAUUGAUCUCAGGGCUGGAUUUUGCCACUUAUUAAAAUGCAGAUGUUUAGGGAGCUCUGUGGCCUGGGAAGAGUGGUCAAAAGCCAGUGCAGAGGGUCUGCUGUGAUUAGUCUUCUGGUCUCUGUCCUAGCUGGCCUGAAUCCCUGAGCUUCGGGUGAUCUGAAGCUCUCUUCCCUGGAAAGAGCAUCCUCAGAAGUGCCAUGCAGGCUUCAGGUGCUCUUCAGAUGAUAUGUGUUUCAUAAGUUCAUGCAUUUCCCUAGGAUUUGAGUGCAUGAGCUGCCAUGUAGAGACAGGAUACUGGAUGAUUUUAUGCCAGAGCAGUGGGGAGAGUAAAAUAAAUCAGACUUGAUCUCAUGUGUA